UAUGUGGCAUGAUGACAUAGCGAGUCUAUCACACUUUGCCGUUAAAAAAAGCCCUUCCAGCAUAACUUCUUGGCACAGUUGGUCAAUAGACAUCACGGUACAGAUUGUUAAUGUCUUAUAUUUGGAACAGAAGCUGUUCGACAAAAUGCCGGACAGGAACAGCAAAUAGCCAUCAAUGGCGAUGAUAUCAACUAUUACAAGACGCAUUAUUUUCUCAACCUCAUUAACCAAACACUCAUCUUCCUCUUCCUUCUUCUCUUGUACCUCACCUCAACCAUCUUCAAGCGAAGACGAAACUUUAGUCUCAACAGCCAUAACAAUCCUCAAACACCAUCGCUCAAAAUCAAGAUGGUCCGAAAUUCUUUCCCUAUCUCCACCCCCUCCCGGAUUCACUCCUUCCCAAGUCUCUCAAAUCAUUCUUCAACUCCGCAACACACCUCACCUCGCCCUCCGUUUCUUUCAUUUCACGAUCACUCGCUCCAUUUGCUCUCACUCUCUUUCUUCCUACGCCACUAUCAUUCACAUCCUCUCCCGUUCCCGCCUUAAAUCUCAAGCUUUAGAGCUACUAAAAUCCGCCAUUCGAAAAUUCCCUGACACCCAUCAACCUGAUUUAACAAACCCACCUCGGAUUUUCCAAAUCUUGGUUAAAACUUACAGGACUUGUGAUUCAGCUCCCUUUGUGUUUGAUUUGUUGAUUAGAGCUUAUUUGGAUUCUAAAAAACUUGACCUUUCUGUUCAACUUGUGAGGAUUUUAGCUAAAAAGAAUAUCUUUCCACAUGUUGUUAUAUGCAAUUCUUUGAUUGAGUUGAUUGCUAAAAGUCGAGGCCCUUUUGCUGCUUAUGAUAUGUAUAGGGAAAUUUUUAAAGGUAGAGAGGUAAAGGGUGUAAUCGCAAAUGCUUAUACGUUUAACAUUCUUAUGGUUGCUUUUCAUAGAGAAGGAGUAGUGGAGAAGGUUGAGGAGGUUUGGAAGGAAAUGAUGGAAAAAAAAUGUGUCCCGAAUACAUAUAGUUAUAGUGUUUUAAUGGCCGCUUAUUGUGAGGAUGGACUGAUGGAGAAUGCCAUGAAAGUUUGGGAGGAGAUGGGUGAUAAGGGCGUGAAACAUGAUAUUGUAGCUUAUAAUACCAUAAUUGGGGGAUUUUGUAAAGUUGGAGACGUUGAGAGAGCUGAGGAGGUUUUCAGGGAGAUGGUUUUCGAUGGGAUGGAGUGUACAUGUGUUACCCUUGAGCAUCUGAUAAAUGGACAUUGUAUGAGUGGGAAUGUUGAUGCAGCUCUGGUCUUGUAUAAGGAUAUGUGUCGAAAGGGAUUCAAACCAGAGAGUUCAAUGAUAGAUGAUGUUGCUCGGAUGCUAUGCAACAAAAAUGGAGUUUUUGAGGCCUUGGUAUUUGUGAGAGCUGUAAUAAAGAAACAUGAUAUCAUACCAAGGAAGAGUACAUAUGAACUUCUGAUACGGAACUUGUGUGAGGAGGGUUUGAUGGAAGAAGCUCGAAAAUUUCAGGUGGAAAUGGUGGGGAAAGGAUUUGCACCAAAUUUGGAAAUAUAUAGUGCUUUCAUUGAUGGGUACGUCAAGCAAGGGAAUGAUGAAAUGGCUGAAAUUUUGAGGAACGAAAUGCUUACGAAUAAGAUCUCUUGUAAAGACAGCUAGAAGUCUGAGUGACAUCCAGAGUUUUAACCAAAUUUUAAAUUGUGACUUCGGGCUAUGAGGCUAAGAAGAGACAAGGUGACUUUGCCGUAGUGCAAGUAUGUAAGUAAAUCAAAGCAUUGUACUCUCUGAAGGGCGUCUUCAUGAUCGUCGAAUAUGAGCAGUGAAUUCUUCCUGAAGAAUAUGAACAUUGCUUAACUGCUUGAAGAGUUCUCGCUACAGCUGUUUCCUGAAGCUAUGCUGUGAAAGUUGGAGAAGACUUCCAGCUGCUUGACAGAAAAGUAACCGAAGAUUAGAAUGUGAUUUAGCCAUGGAGAUUCCAUGAUAAGAAAACCAAUCCAGCAUUUCUGUUAUCUACCAAAACUUUGAAGGACAUAAUGUUCUGUUGGCUCUGAGAAGAUGAAUUGGUUUAUUACCUGCUGGUUGAUGAUUCUUGUAUAGUCUUCCUCUUCCCAAUUAUUCAAAAUGACUUGAUGUGUAUCCUUGUCAUAUCCAAUCAUCUAAAAGAUUGAGCUGGCUGACAAACGGGGUGCCAGAUCCAGACAGUACAGAAUAGGAGAUGACCAAACCAACAACAACAACACACCCAGUGUAGUCCCACAAGUGGGAUCUGGGGAGGGUAGUGUGCGCAGACCUUACCCCUGCAUUUAAGAAGGCAGAGAGGCUGAGGAGAUGACCAAACCAAACCCCUGAAUGUUAUGAAGUAGCUGCCCGGCAGCUAAAAUGAGACUGUAAAAUGCAAUACAUCACUCACAGUAUGGAACUCUAACUAAUUCAGACAUUGUGUAAUCUUUCUA